AUGGAGUUCUCGGCCGCCGAUUUUGAAAGGCUUCUCAUGUUUGAGCAUGCUCGUAAAGCUUCCGAAGCUCAGUACCUUAACGAUCCUCUCGAUUCCGAGAAUCUAGUGAAGUGGGGUGGAGCAUUGCUUGAACUUUCUCAGUUUCAGACUGUUCCUGAUGCAAAGCAGAUGUUAAAUGAUGCUAUAUCGAAGCUGGAAGAGGCAUUGACGAUAAAUCCAGGGAAGCAUGAGGCUCUCUGGUGUCUUGGGAACGCCUACACUUCCCAGGCUUUUCUUAUUCAAGAUAUCGAUGAAGCAAAGGGUCAUUUUGACAAAGCUGCUGAAUAUUUCCAAAGAGCUGAAAAUGAGGAUCCAGGUAAUGAGUUAUACCGCAAGUCCUUGGAUGUCGCAGCAAGGGCCCCGGAACUGCAUAUGGAGAUACACAAGCAAGGAAUGGUGUCGCAAGCACUAGGUGGAGGAGGAGGAGGUCCUUCAGCUUCAUCGAAUGCUGGCGGUAGCAAGAAGAAGAAGAAGAACAAUGACUUCACUUAUGAUGUAUGCGGUUGGGUCAUUCUCGCUGUUGGCAUUGUUGCUUGGAUUAACAUGGCUAGAUCUCUUGGCCCUCCACCUCCUGCAAGAUAA